UUGUUUACUUUUGUAAAGCAGCUGAUUAUCAGCUGUUGCCGCAUUUUUUUAAGUGUAACACCUGCAAAUUAAUUAAUAAGAGUUUUAUAAAUUAAAAACUUAUAAAACGUAUUAUUAAUGACAAUAACACGCAGCUUAACUUUGCUGCAAAGCAUCAACUCACACGCUCGAUGGCAGCGUUUCUAUAGUAGCGCAAAAUUGCGGAACAUUGGUAUUUUGGCGCAUAUCGAUGCAGGGAAGACAACUACAACGGAGCGCAUGCUUUUCUAUGCCGGCAAGACACGCACAUUGGGCGAGGUGCAUCGUGGUAAUACGGUGACAGAUUACCUAACACAGGAGCGUGAGCGUGGCAUAACGAUAUGCAGUUCAGCGGUGGCUUUCAAAUGGCGCGAACACAAAAUAAAUUUACUGGACACACCAGGUCACAUAGACUUCACCAUGGAGGUGGAACAAUCAUUGCAUGCUGUGGAUGGUGUUGUUGUGGUUUUGGAUGGCACAGCGGGAGUAGAAGCGCAAACAAUCACUGUGUGGACACAAGCCGAGAAACAUCGUUUGCCGAAACUAGUAUUUGUGAAUAAAAUGGAUCGACCCGAUGCAGAUUUCAAUGCCUGUGUGAGCGAUUUAUCGACAAAGUUGGAUGCAAAGCCAAUUUGUUUGCAGUCGCCAUUGAAAGAUGAAAAGGGAAAUUUAACUAUUUUCGAUGUAAUUACUCAAAAAGCGCUCAUUUGGGAUAGUGCUAGUUUGGGUCGUGAGUACCAAACACUUCCGCCUCUAGAUAAGCAUAUUGCAGAUUUGCAAGACAAACGUUAUGCCUUAAUUGAUGAGCUUUCCGGUAUCGAUGAUGAGCUAGCGCAGGUGGUUAUUAGCACUGAGGGCUUUGAUCAAGUCAGCAAUGAAUUGAUACAACAAGCUUUACGGCGCGCUGUAGCGCAACGCAAGGUGGUCCCAGUUCUAUUAGGUUCAGCGUAUAAAAAUGUAGGCGUGCAGCGUGUAAUGGAUGCGGCCAUUGAUUACUUACCAGCGCCGCAUGAACGUAAUCAGCUUUACGAUUGCUUUGGUGACGACUUUGUGGGCAAAGUUUUUAAAAUAAUACACGACAAACAGCGUGGUGCGCUAACAUUGGUGCGUGUCUUUCGUGGUGAAUUGAAGAAGGGUUCGCGUUUGGUGACCACACACAAUACCGCAGAAGUAAUCAGCAAAGUGUAUGAGCCGUUGGCGGAUGAGUAUCGUGAAAUAAGUGGUGUGCCAGCGGGUGAUGUUGCCAUCUGUGCGGGCUUGAAGCACACAGUUACCGGUGAUUUGCUCACAACUAGUGCUUCAUCACUGAAAAGUGCACAAAAACGUUUACAGAAAACGCUAAAACUGCCUGAAAGUGGUACGGGGAUUGAAGAUAGUGAUAACGAUGACAACGCCGAUGCGGCGCUUGUGAGUGAGAUAUUUGCCACUGAACCGCAAAUUCCUGAUGCGGUCUACUUUUGUUCAAUCGAGCCACCCAGUUUGGCGACACAGAACGCCAUGGAGGCGGCGUUGAAGCAACUGCAGCGCGAAGAUCCCAGCUUGCGCGUAAAUUAUGACUCUGUCACCGGUCAAACUGUGUUGGGUGGCAUGGGUGAACUGCAUAUGGACAUCGUGAAAUCUCGCAUACUCACCGAAUACAAAAUCGACGUGGAUUUAGGUCCACUUCAAAUAGCCUACAAAGAAACGAUAGAAGAGCCAUCGUUGGACAGUUUUCAUGUUGACAAACAAAUAGCUGGCAGCAAGCAGAGCGUAACCAUUACUUUAGAGCUAUUACGUGAACAAAAUGAACCCUUUAGUUUGGAUAAAUCCGGUGAGAAUGCGGCAAAUUUGAACUCAUUGCGUCCGCGCACGCUUCAAGUGAUACGCAAGGGUGCGUUAUCUGCGCUGGAACGUGGCCCACGUGUUGGUGGUCAGGUCGUAGAUACUCAAAUACGUUUGCAUAGUAUAACAAUAGGACGUGGUACAGCUGAUUCAUUUGUUAUGGCUACGGCGGCGCAAUGCGUACAAAAGAUAUUAACCACAGUGGGCACACGUUUGCUCGAACCAGUUAUGGCGCUGGAGAUUGUGGCACCGUCCGAGCGUAUAUCGUCAAUCAUAGCCGAUUUGUCACGACGUCGUGCCACAAUAAACGACGUGCGACCGAAAAGUGAGCAUAAUAAGAUAAUAUAUGUGAAUGCCCCAUUGGCUGAGUUAUCCGGUUAUUCCAGCGUUUUGCGCAGCAUAAGCUCGGGCACGGCGAGUAUGACAAUGCAACCGUGUGGUUUUUCAAAUAUGAAUUCAAACGAUGAGGUGCGCGCGAUACAAAGAGCUCAGGGAUUCGAAUAAAUUGUUUGGGAAGGCAAGGAAAGAGUCUUCUUCUCUCCUUCUUAGACACUUUAGUAACAAUUAUAAGUUGUAAAAUUGUACAUAGAAACGUUCACAUAAAUAAAUUUAUAUUUAUUAAU